GGAGAGCAGAGACGCUCGCCCUCUUAGUCUGCUUGGCCGGAGAGGGAAGGAGCGCUGGAGAGGAGCUCAGACGGCCGUGUUGAGCACUGGGCACCAGCAAAGCAUCACUUUAAUACAGUAAACUCUCAAGUCUUGAACAUCUAACAGCAAAAGAUGUCUAAAGGACCAGCAGUAGGUAUUGAUCUAGGUACCACAUAUUCCUGUGUGGGAAUCUUCCAGCAUGGCAAAGUGGAGAUCAUUGCCAAUGACCAAGGAAACAGGACCACGCCCAGUUAUGUGGCUUUCACAGACACAGAGAGACUUAUUGGAGAUGCUGCGAAGAACCAGGUGGCCAUGAACCCAACCAACACUGUCUUCGAUGCUAAGCGUCUGAUAGGUCGAAAGUUUGACGAUCACGUGGUGCAAUCUGACAUGAAACACUGGCCCUUCAAGGUUGUGAAUGAGUCUACCAAACCAAAGGUGGAGGUUGAAUACAAGGGUGAAAUCAAGUCCUUCUACCCUGAGGAGAUUUCCUCCAUGGUUCUCAUCAAAAUGAAGGAGAUCUCAGAAGCUUAUCUCGGCAAGCCUGUGAACAACGCAGUUAUCACAGUUCCCGCUUACUUCAAUGACUCCCAGCGUCAAGCCACCAAAGAUGCUGGAACCAUCUCUGGGCUCAAUGUCCUGCGUAUCAUCAAUGAGCCCACUGCUGCAGCCAUUGCUUAUGGCCUGGACAAAAAGACUGGUGGUGAGCGUAAUGUUCUCAUCUUUGACCUUGGAGGUGGUACUUUUGAUGUGUCAGUCCUGACAAUUGAAGAUGGCAUCUUUGAGGUCAAGUCUACAGCGGGAGACACACACUUGGGUGGGGAGGAUUUUGACAACCGUAUGGUCAACCACUUCAUUGCUGAGUUCAAGCGUAAAUUCAAAAAGGACAUCAUCAGCAACAAGAGAGCUGUGCGUCGUCUGCGCACUGCGUGUGAGCGUGCCAAACGCACCCUUUCCAGCAGCACCCAGGCCAGCAUUGAGAUCGACUCGCUCUACGAAGGCACAGACUUCUACACCUCCAUCACCAGGGCCCGGUUUGAGGAGCUCAACGCAGACCUUUUCCGUGGAACCCUCGAGCCUGUCGAGAAGUCCUUGAGGGAUGCCAAGAUGGACAAGUCCCAGAUCCACGACAUUGUCCUUGUGGGUGGCUCCACACGCAUCCCCAAGAUUCAAAAACUGCUGCAAGAUUUAUUCAAUGGCCGUGACUUAAAUAAGAGCAUCAACCCUGAUGAAGCUGUGGCCUAUGGUGCAGCUGUGCAGGCAGCCAUCUUGGCUGGUGAUAAGUCUGAGAAUGUACAAGACCUGCUCCUGCUGGAUGUCACACCACUGUCGCUGGGAAUUGAGACAGCUGGGGGAGUGAUGACUGUCCUUAUCAAAAGGAACACCACCAUUCCUACCAAACAAACGCAGACCUUUACCACCUACUCAGACAACCAGCCUGGUGUGCUGAUUCAGGUUUAUGAAGGUGAGAGAGCCAUGACCAAGGACAAUAAUAUCCUGGGGAAGUUUGAGCUGACUGGUAUUCCACCUGCUCCCAGAGGAGUCCCUCAGAUUGAGGUGACCUUUGACAUCGAUGCCAACGGCAUCCUCAAUGUGUCCGCUGUCGACAAAAGCACAGGGAAGGAGAACAAGAUCACCAUCACUAAUGACAAAGGACGGCUGAGCAAGGAGGACAUUGAGCGCAUGGUGCAGGAGGCUGAGCAGUUCAGGUCUGAGGAUGAGCUCCAACGAGACAAAAUCACCGCCAAGAAUUCCCUUGAGUCACUGGCUUUCAACAUGAAGAGCACAGUAGAGGAUGAGAAGCUGCAAGAUAAAAUAAGCCCUGAGGAUAAAAAGACCAUUGUUGACAAGUGUAACGAAGUUAUUGCCUGGCUGGACAGGAACCAGAUGGCAGAGAAGGAGGAGUACGAACACCAGCAGAAGGAACUAGAGAAAGUGUCCAACCCCAUCAUUUCCAAGCUGUACCAGGGGGGUAUGCCUGGAGGAAUGCCCGGAGGAAUGCCCGGAGGAAUGCCUGGUGGCUUCCCUGGUGGAGCUGGAGCCGGCGCCGGCUCCUCUUCUGGCCCAACCAUCGAGGAAGUCGACUGAAUAUGAAUAAACCUCCCAAUAUAUGCAACACACAAACAUUCAGGCACAUAUUCUGAGUUUCUUAAUGGUAUUUUCCUCCAUGUGGAUAACCAUAAAUAAAAGUUCCUACAUUCAUUACGGUUAAAUUAUCGCAUUAAUGUUUACAAAUCAAAACAUGAAUCUCUUAAUGACACUAAACCAACAUCCUUCCACAUCUGAAGCACAACUAAAAGUAUUAUGCCUGAUCUGUCUUUUCAAAUCAUUAACUCAAUAAAGUUCACCAGUGAGAGUCUGGUUUGAAAGCA